AUGCUUGCACGGCGGAUACCGCGGGCGCUGGCAGCAGCGAGAACAAGCUCUGUGGCCCCUAGAUUGUCUCAAAUUCGGUGGGCAUCCACAGACAGCGCAAAACCGCUGCGAAGAACGGGCCUCUACAACUUUCACGUCGAAAAUGGAGCGAAAAUGGUACCAUUUGCUGGCUAUGAAAUGCCGUUGACGUAUAGCGGCGUCGGCCAAGUCGACAGUCACAAACACGUUCGUUCAAGCGUCGGAUUAUUCGACGUUGGACAUAUGGUGCAACACUACUUUCGCGGUGCUGGAGCGACACGGUUCCUCGAAUGGUUGACUCCAAGUGAUUUGAAUAGUCUCCCCAAUCACUCCUCUACGUUGUCUGUUCUCCUACUUCCUUCCGGAGGCAUAUUGGACGAUACAGUCGUCACGAAACAUACACCGGAUCUAUACUAUGUCGUCACAAACGCUGGACGAAGAGAAGAAGACCUCACAUGGUUUGCUUCAAAGCUCAAGGAGUGGAACGAGAAACACGGCGACAAGGUGGAGCAUCAAAUCUUGGAGGAUUGGGGUCUCGUUGCACUUCAAGGCCCCAAGUCGGCAGACUACCUCCAAGGUUUUGUCGACACGUAUGACGGGAAGCAAUACGAUCUCAAGCAGCUCACCUUUGGCAAAUCUGCGUGGUUAAGCAUUGGAGGUGUCAAGGUUCAUGUUGCUCGUGGUGGAUACACCGGAGAGGAUGGGUUCGAGAUAUCUCUACCACCUUCGGAAACAGUCGCGUGGACUCGAAAGUUGUACAAAUUCCCAGUUCAGUUGGCAGGUCUGGCAGCACGAGACAGCCUACGAUUGGAAGCUGGGCUAUGCUUGUAUGGCAACGAUCUCGAUGAGAGUACAUCCCCGGUAGAAGCAGGCCUUACAUGGGUAAUUGGCAAGAACCGACGGACACCUGGCGACGACAAAGCAUCUUUCAUCGGUGCAGAUGCUGUCAUAUCUCAGAUAGAAAAAGGAGUCUCCAGGAAGCGUGUAGGCUUUCUCGUCGAGGGACCACCUGCACGAGAACACGCUCCUCUAUUCGCUCCCAGCUCGUCAGAACAAAUCGGUGAAGUCACCUCGGGAAUCCCUUCCCCUUCAACUGGGAAAAAUAUUGCCAUGGGAUAUAUCGCAACAAAAUAUUCCAAGCGAGAUACAGAAGUGGAGGUCGAAGUACGCGGCAAGCGGAGAAAAGCAAAAGUUACCAAAAUGCCCUUCGUCCCCACAAAUUACUGGCGCGGUGAAGGUGUUCUGAAGCAGUAG